AUGAUUACUGACCACCCUUUGAUUGAAUGCAAUGAAAAUGAAAGCGACGGACUGGACCGCCCUCUGCUGGCGGGUCGGUCCCUGGAGGUCUGGCUCCAGAAACAGGAGCUGGAUUCAGACUCUAAACGCGUGUUUAUCCCUCAUAGAGGCAACAGCUGCAUCCUGGCUGAUGAGAUGGGCCUAGGGAAGACCAUCCAGACCAUCUCCUUCCUAAACUACCUGUUCCAUGAGCACCAGCUCUACGGGCCCUUCCUCCUGGUGGUGCCGCUGUCCACUCUGACCUCCUGGCAGAGGGAGAUCCUGCUCUGGGCUCCAAAGAUGAAUGUUGUUGUUUACCUCGGCGACAUCAGCAGCAGGAACAUGAUCCGAACACAUGAGUGGAUGCACGUCCACAACAAGAGGCUGAAAUUCAACAUCCUCCUCACAACAUAUGAAAUUCUUCUAAAAGACAAGUCCUUCUUAGGCGGCGUUAACUGGGCCUUCAUCGGGGUGGAUGAAGCUCACAGGCUGAAGAACGAUGACUCUCUUCUCUACAAAACCAUGAUCGACUUUAAGUCCAGCCACAGGCUGCUGAUCACAGGAACGCCUCUGCAGAACUCGCUCAAAGAGCUCUGGUCCCUGCUGCACUUCAUCAUGCCUGAAAAGUUUCACUCCUGGGAGAUGUUUGAGGAGGAGCAUGGCAAAGGACGAGACUCUGGAUACACCAGCCUCCACAAAGAGCUGGAGCCCUUCUUGCUGCGCCGCGUCAAGAAGGAUGUGGAGAAGUCUCUGCCAGCUAAAGUGGAGCAGAUCCUCCGGGUGGAGAUGAGCGCCAUCCAGAAGCAGUACUACAAGUGGAUUCUGACCAGGAACUACAAGGCUCUGAGCAAAGGCACCAAAGGCAGCACGUCUGGCUUCCUGAACAUCAUGAUGGAGCUGAAGAAGUGCUGCAAUCACUGUUACCUCAUCAAACCUCCCGAUGACAAUGAAGCUCUCAACAAAACUGAAGCGUUACAGCAACUGAUCCGCAGCAGCGGGAAGCUGGUGCUUCUGGACAAACUGCUGGUUCGUCUGAAGGAGCGAGGCCACAGAGUCCUGAUCUUCUCCCAGAUGGUCCGGAUGCUGGACAUUCUGGCUGACUAUCUGAAGAGCAAGAAUUUCUACUUCCAGCGAUUAGACGGCUCCAUCAAAGGAGAGAUGCGGAAGCAAGCUCUGGAUCAUUUUAACGCCGAGGGUUCAGAGGACUUCUGCUUCCUGUUAUCUACACGUGCCGGUGGACUGGGUAUCAAUCUAGCAUCGGCUGAUACGGUGGUGAUCUUUGACUCUGAUUGGAACCCACAGAAUGACCUGCAAGCUCAGGCCAGAGCCCACCGGAUUGGUCAGAAGAGACAGGUAAAUAUCUAUCGCCUGGUGACAAAAAGCUCAGUGGAAGAAGAUAUCAUUGAGAGGGCCAAAAAGAAAAUGGUGUUAGACCACCUGGUCAUUCAAAGGAUGGACACCACCGGAAAAACUGUCCUUCAUACGGGAGCUGCACCCUCAAGCUCUGCACCGUUCAGCAAAGAGGAACUGUCGGCCAUCCUGAAGUUUGGAGCUGAAGAGCUGUUCAAAGAGCCAGAAGGUGAAGAGCAGGAACCUCAGGAGAUGGACAUCGAUGAGAUCCUGAAAAGAGCCGAGACCAGGGAGAACGAUCCGGGACCGUCCACCGUAGGAGAGGAGCUGCUGUCUCAGUUCAAGGUCGCCAACUUCUCCAUGAUGGAUGACGAAGACCUGGAUAUCGACUCUGAGCGAAGUCAGCGGAGCUGGGAUGACAUCAUACCCGAAGAACAGAGGAGGAGGAUGGAGGAGGAGGAGAGACAGAAGGAGCUGGAAGAGAUUUACAUGCUACCACGCAUGAGGAACUGUGCCAAGCAGAUAAGCUUCAACUCUGACAGACGGCAGAGCAGGAACAGGAGAUAUUCAGGCUCGGACAGCGACUCCAACUCAGACCGAAAGAGACCAAAGAAACGCGGGCGACCCCGGACCAUUCCACGGGAAAACAUCAAAGGUUUUACAGACGCAGAGAUCCGCAGGUUUGUGAAGAGUUACAAGAAGUUUGGAGGCCCUCUGGAAAGGCUGGACGCCAUCGCCCGUGAUGCUGAGCUGGUGGAUAAAUCGGAACAUGACCUGAAACGCCUGGCAGAGACUGUCCAUAACGGAUGUCUGAGGACACUACGUGAAAACCCCUGUGGUCCAGAAAAGGCGUCAGCAGGAAGACGAGGAAAAGUUAAAGGUCCGACGUUCCGGAUCUCUGGGGUCCAGGUGAACGCCAAGCUGGUCAUCUCCCAUGAAGAGGAACUGGCUCCUCUUCAUAAGGCCAUCCCCGCCGACCCCGAGGAGAGAAAGAAGUACAUGAUCCCGUGUCACUCCAAGGCGGCGCACUUUGACAUCGACUGGGGGAAGGAGGACGACUCCAGUCUGCUGAUUGGGAUCUAUGAAUACGGUUACGGCAGCUGGGAGAUGAUCAAGAUGGACCCCGACCUCAACCUCACACACAAGCUGUUACCAGAUGAUCCUGACAAGAAGCCGCAGGCCAAGCAGCUCCAAGCCAGAGCCGACUACCUCAUCAAGCUACUGAGCAAGGACCUGGCCAAGAAGGAGGCCCAGAAGCAGGCUGGAGCGGCUAACUCACGCAAGAGGAAACCCAGGAGGAAAAUCAGCAAAGCUCUGAAAUCAGGAAAGGGCGAGGAAGCCAUGAAGAGUCCGUCUUCAGACCUGACGUCAGACAAGAGGUCCGAGGAUGAGAACGAGUUUGAUCUGGAAAAGAAGAUGGCAGGAAAGGCUGCGAGCAAACGCAGUCAGGGAGAGGAGGAGGAGGAGGAGGAGGAGGAGGAGCAUCAGCACGACGCUUCCUCAUCAGAAGAGAAGGAUGACAAAGAGAGGGAGGAGAAGAAGGAGAAGGCUGACGGCUGUGACCUGAAGGACAGGAGAGAAAUGAAGCUUUUUGAUCCCGUUCAGAAACAGGAGGACGACGAAGAGAAGAUCGAAGUAAAGACUGAGGUACGAGAUCGGACCAAGAAGGCGUCCAGCGCUCCCAGCGCUGCGGAGAGCCUGUCUGUGUGCGAGGAGGCCGAGGAGCUGGACCAGAGGACCUUCAGCGUGUGUAAGGAGAGGAUGCGGCCGGUAAAAGCGGCCUUGAAGCAGCUGGACCGACCGGAGAAAGGCCUGUCGGAGCGCGAGCAGCUGGAGCACACCAGGCAGUGCCUGAUAAAGAUUGGAGACCACAUCACCCAAUGUCUGAAGGAGUACUCUCACCCCGACCACAUCAAGCAGUGGAGAAAGAACCUCUGGAUCUUUGUCUCCAAGUUCACAGAGUUUGACGCAAGAAAACUCCACAAACUCUACAAACACGCCAUCAAGAAGAGACACGAGAACGUCCAGGCCGUGGAGCAGAACACUAGAAGCGCUCAAAGCUACAAGCAUGCAGAUGUUGAACGGCUGAAGGACAGCGUCCACCAGGACGACAGCAGCAGAGACAGCUACAGCUCUGAGCGCCAUCCGCCGUCCGGACGCCACCAUCACCACCACCAUGACGGCGGCAGAGAGUCCCACAGGAAGGGCGGCGGAGAAUCCAGGAAGAGAGCCUACUCCUCCUUCAGCAACGGGAAGGACCACCGAGACCACUACAGAGGCGACAGAUACGACGGUAAACACAGGAAGCUGGAAGAGCAGCGGAGCAGCAGGGAACACCGGCCGGACGGGAAGGAAGACUAUCGCUCUGCCUACCACUACCACUCAGACUGGCUGAGCGAUCAGCGAGGCGCCGCCGCCGUUCGCUCUCCUCGAGACGAACGCUCUCCCUGUGACUCUCCCUUCGACUACUCCUCUGACCAUAAGAGCACGCCGGAGCAGAUGUGGAGCAGCAGGAAGACAUAGCAGGAGCUGCUCCGCUCCUCCCAUCAGCCUCAGCUGCCAGGGCCGCCGCCAUGAACUCCGGGUGCGUUGGCGGCGGGCGGGCGGACGGGACCGGCCGAGCCGUGGCGCCGCCUCCGGGUCCCACACUGGAUCUCCCCUUAGUGCUGCUCUGUGUUCAGGCUUACUGUGACGGUCUGGUUAAGCCGGUCUGGACUCAGGCUCUCCUGCAGUACCUCAUAUCCAACCUUUCUGUUUCCCACCAGCAGUUUUGUAAAUUGUUUGAUAAGAUAAAUAGAAAAUGGAACCUGGAUUUUUUUACUUCAAAUAAUGCUUUUGUACAUAUUAUUUUUUUAUGUUGUGUAAAAUAGUGAAUCAGUGGACCGUUUCCUCAGGCUUCUUAUGAUGACUCCACUCUGAACUCAGGCAUCGUUUCCUUUUGUCUCAUGAAUUAAUCUCAGAAUGUAUUUUUAAUGAAAGCUUCAUGUUUUUCACUACUGCAAACCUCUAGUGGUGAAAUAAAGGUGAAUCAGACGUUGUUGUUUAGCCGGAUGGGCUUUUUAAUCGUAGGCAAUAAUGUGGAGGUGUCUAUGCAGCCAGCCACCAACUGAAGGAAGUCACUGUUGAUAAACUACGUUUCUUCUAUAUUUCCAAAGGAAUUUACACUGAAAGUGCAUGGCUUUUUAUGGGCUGUUUUAUAUAGUUGUUAAUAAAUCAUUAAAA